ACUUCUCAUUUCUCAUCAUGGCUUUUUCAAAAUUUACUCUUGUGUUGUAUUUCUCCUCAUUCAUCAUUGCUUCUGCAAUUGAAGUUUCCCACGAUGGAAGAGCCAUUACCAUUGAUGGCAAACGUCGUGUUCUAAUCUCGGGCUCCAUUCACUACACUAGAAGCACUGCUGAGAUGUGGCCAAGCCUUAUAAAGAAGUCGAAAGAAGGCGGACUCGAUGCUAUUGAGACUUAUGUUUUCUGGAAUGCUCAUGAACGUCAACGUCGCCAGUAUGAUUUCUCCGGCGACCUUGACCUCAUAAGGUUCCUUAAAGCUAUUCAAAACGAAGGACUGUACACUAUUCUUCGCAUAGGACCUUAUAUUUGUGGGGAGUGGAACUAUGGAGGUUUCCCUCUUUGGCUCCAUAACAUGCCCGAUAUUGAGCUCCGAACUGCCAAUGACGUUUUCAUGAAAGAGAUGCAGAAUUUCACGACCUUGAUUGUGAACAUGGUGAAAAAUGAGAAUCUGUUCGCAUCACAAGGAGGCAACAUUAUCCUAGCUCAGAUUGAGAAUGAGUAUGGAAAUGUGAUUGGGGCCUACGGCGACCCCGGAAAGGCCUACGUACAAUGGUGUGCCAACAUGGCUGAAUCUCUCAACAUUGGUGUGCCAUGGAUCAUGUGUCAAGAAUCUGAUGCCCCGAAGCCGAUCAUCAACACUUGCAAUGGUUGGUACUGUGAUAACUUCUCACCAAAUGAUCCAAACAGCCCCAAGAUGUGGACCGAGAACUGGACUGGCUGGUUUAAGAGCUGGGGUGGUCCAGACCCUUUCAGGACUGCUGAGGACUUGGCUUACUCUGUUGCACGUUUUUUCCAAACCGGUGGCACCUUCCAAAACUACUACAUGUAUCAUGGUGGAACCAAUUUCGGAAGAACAGCAGGCGGACCAUACAUCACCACCACUUAUGAUUAUAAUGCUCCUCUAGAUGAAUAUGGGAAUUUGAAUCAACCAAAAUAUGGUCACUUGAAGCAACUUCAUGAUGUUUUGCAUUCAAUGGAGACGACUCUGACCCAUGGAGACAUAUCUAAUGUAUACUUUGCUGAAUCUGUCUCCGGCACCAUUUACACAACUAAUGAGACAUCGAGCUGCUUUAUUGCCAAUAUAAAUACCACCGAAGAUGCCACUAUCCUUUUCCAGGGUACUACACACAUCAUUCCAGCAUGGUCUGUCAGCAUCUUUCCUGAUUGUGAGAAGGAAGCCUAUAACACUGCAAGGGUGAAUACUCAAACCUCAAUUAUGGUGAAGGAAGGAAGCAAAGAUGAGGAUAGAAAUGUUUCUCUUAAAUGGUCAUGGUCAUGGAGGCCUGAAAUCAUUGAUGGACCGGUUCUAAAAGGAAGAGGUGACGUUCAGGCUAAUCGCCUUAUUGAUCAAAAAAGGGCUAAUGAUCUGAGUGACUAUCUUUGGUACAUGACCAACUUGAACCUUGAUGAGAAGGACCCAAUUUUUACGGGUGAGAACAUGACACUUCGAGUCAAUGCUACUGGUCAUGUUCUUCAUGCAUAUGUUAAUGGCAAAUAUCUUGGUUCAAAAUGGGCAAAAUAUGGUAUCUAUAGCGAUGUUCUUGAGACUCCUGUUAAGUUGUCUCCUGGAGAUAACUUGAUUUCAUUGCUCAGUGCUACAGUUGGUUUUAUGAAUUAUGGACCUAAGUUUGAUCUCGUGGGAGCUGGAAUCCGUGGUCCAAUCCAGCUGAUCUCAAAGUUCGGCGAUGAGAGAAUAAUCAAGGACUUGUCCGCUCACAGUUGGAACUACAAGGUUGGACUCGAUGGACUUAAAAGAAUGUACUACAACUCAGACUCUCCAGGUUCAACUUCCAAAUGGGCAUCAGAUUCGGUUCCGGUGAACAGAAACAUGACCUGGUACAUGACCACCUUCAAAGCUCCAGCAGGAACAGAUCCUGUUGUGGUUGAUUUGCUAGGCCUGGGGAAAGGUGAAGCUUGGAUCAAUGGUAACAGCAUUGGCCGAUAUUGGCCUAGUUACAUUGCAGAUGAGAGUGCUUGCAGCGGCAGCGGUGAUGUUUGUGAUUACCGUGGCCCAUAUAGUGACUCAAAAUGUGUCUCAAAAUGUGGUGAACCUACUCAGAGAUGGUACCAUGUGCCACGAUCAUUCUUUCAAGACGGGGACAAUACAUUGGUUUUGUUCGAGGAGUUUGGGGGAGAUCCUUCGAAAGUGAACUUCAAGACUGUGAGGGCAGGAACUGUUUGUGGAAAUGCCUAUGAGAACAGAACCCUGGAAUUGUCUUGCCAAGGUCACCCCAUUUCUGCAGUUAACUUUGCCAGCUUCGGGGAUCCAGCAGGCAGUUGUGGUGCCUUCCAAAAAGGCAACUGCGAAGGUGAAAACGACGCUCUUUCCAUCCUUCAAAAGGAAUGUGUUGGAAAGGAGACAUGUUUGAUCGAUGUAACUGAAGAUAAGUUUGGAACCAGUACUUGUGGAAACAUCGUCAAGAGGUUGGCUGUAGAGGCUGUGUGUUAAAAAUCUUCUCCACUUCUAGGAUUGUGUUUUUGUUAAUAUUCCUUUCUUUUCUUCUUUAAGGAUCAUGCUUUGUUUCUCGGAUCCAAUUGGUUAUGAUUUGAAUUUGAGUUUUGUAAUAAGCGUUGUUCAUAUGUGAAUAAAGAUUAUCAGUGUUG